UUCCUACGACUCACUCGUCUCGUGGUGGCGAAAUGGAAGAAUUGCUCUGAGAGCAACAGUAAACGGAGGAGAUUGCAUGACUAGCCCAACGAAUCCACCUUAUCUGGCUGACUGUACGUGUGCAAACACAGUGCACACAUGUACACUUAAGAACUUGUCCUGGCCUAACGUUGUUGACCAAUGGGCAUGCUCUAUUGUAGCUGGGAAUGGUACUGAUAUAAAAAGUAACAUUCUGACAAUAACAUUGCCAGCUCCCAAAUCGGUGACCCUAUAUGCAGACACAACAGACGUGUCAGCUGGUCACUCACCACAUCUGACUUGUCACCACGACAACUACCCAAUCACCUCGUGGUGGCUUAAUGGAGAAAUAGCUCUGAGAGCGCAAGUAAACGGAAAAGACUGCCUGAAUAUCCCAACGAAUCAAGCUUAUCUGACCGACUGUACGUGUUCAUACACAGUGCACACAUGUACACUUAAGAAAUUGACCAGGUCUAAUAUCGGUGACCAAUGGGCGUGCUCUAUAAGCGAUUGGGAUGGUGCUGUCAUAAAAAGUAACAUUCUGACAUUAACAUUGCCAGUAAAUCCAAAUCCAAGAGAAGAGCGUUCCAAAACAGCAGUGAUUGCUGGUUCCGUUGGUGGCGCUGUCGGGGGACUAAUAAUCAUCGUUGUUGUUGUUGUCAUCAUAAGGAAACGGCAGGCCAUGCAUUGA